AUGCUGCUACCAUUAAGGAUUCCUGGUAUCAAGAAUCUGUUGGCUAUUGGUGUUGCCACCGAAGUGGAUUUUAAGGAAGCUGUCACCAUCAAGGAGUUCAUAAAAGAUUCUAGAAAGUUUGUUGCUGCUGCUGCCUCUGCUCCAGUUGCUGGUGUUGUAGCUGCUGCCGAAAAGAAGGAAGAAGCCAAAAAAGAGGAAUCGGAGUGCAAGGAAGAGGACGAUAUGGGUUUCGGUCUCUUCGACUAA